CCUGGGUAACCGGCCGCGCUGGUCCUGGCUGCGCCCGCGCAGGCCGCGGAGGUCUGUGGGUCAGACCUCGCGCUGGGCUCUUUCGGUCUGUUCCGUGAUGGCAGCCGCCGCCGCCGUGGUCACCCCGUCGGGUUUGGAGGAUGAGGUGUCUCGGUCCCGCGGCGAAGGAGCGGGGGAGGUGGUCGUGGAGAGGGGCCCCGGCGCGGCCUACCACAUGUUUGUGGUGAUGGAAGACCUGGUGGAGAAGCUGAAGUUGCUCCGCUAUGAGGAGGAUCUCCUUCGGAAGAACAACCUGAAGCCCCCGUCCAGACACUAUUUUGCACUGCCUACCAAUCCCGGGGAACAGUUCUACAUGUUUUGUACCCUCGCUGCUUGGUUGAUUAACAAAGCAGGACGCCCCUUUGAGCAGCCUCAAGAAUAUGAUGACCCUAAUGCGAUAAUAUCUAGCAUAUUAUCUGAGCUUCGAUCAUUUGGAAGAACUGCAGAUUUUCCUCCUUCAAAAUUAAAGUCGGGUUAUGGAGAGCAUGUAUGCUAUGUUCUUGACUGUUUAGCUGAAGAAGCAUUAAAAUAUAUUGGUUUUACUUGGAAAAGACCAGCAUACCCAGUGGAAGAAUUAGAUGAAGAAACUGUUGCAGAAGAUGAUGCAGAAUUAACAUUGAAUAAAGUGGAUGAAGAAUUUGUGGAAGAGGAGACAGACAAUGAAGAAAACUUUAUUGAUCUCAACGUUUUGAAGGCCCAGACCUAUCGCUUGGAUAUGAACGAGUCUGCCAAACAAGAAGAUAUUUUGGAAUCUACAACAGAUGCUGCGGAAUGGAGUCUGGAAGUAGAACGUGUACUACCACAACUGAAAGUCACGAUCAGGACUGACAAUAAGGAUUGGAGAAUCCAUGUUGACCAAAUGCACCAGCACAAAAGUGGGAUUGAAUCUGCUCUAAAGGAAACCAAGGGAUUUUUGGACAGACUUCAUAAUGAAAUUAGUAGGACUCUGGAAAAGAUUGGCAGCCGAGAAAAGUACAUCAACAAUCAGCUCGAGCACUUGGUUCAGGAGUAUCGCGCGGCUCAAGCCCAGCUGAGUGAGGCAAGGGAGCGUUACCAGCAGGGAAACGGUGGAGUAACUGAAAGAACCAGAAUCCUGUCUGAGGUUACAGAAGAGCUAGAGAAGGUGAAACAAGAAAUGGAAGAAAAAGGCAGCAGUAUGACUGACGGUGCUCCUCUGGUGAAGAUUAAACAGAGCUUAACGAAGCUGAAGCAAGAAACCGUUCAGAUGGACAUUAGAAUCGGUGUUGUGGAACACACAUUACUCCAGUCGAAACUGAAGGAAAAGUCCAACAUGACAAGAGACAUGCAUGCCACAGUCAUUCCAGAAUCUGCAAUAGGCUCUUAUUAAAACAUACCAUUUUUCAUGCUUCUGAUUAUUGGUUUUUUAUAGAAAAUCAUAUUUCAUGUUGCAUAGAUUACAAAGCACAGUUAUUCCUCUUCAAGCAUGUUGAUGGGUAUUU